GAGAGAUCCAUCAGAUAGUAUUUUUGGGACGUUUGGAGCAAGAGGGUCGAGGCAAAACCCAAAGAACAAAUCGUUAGACACGUUGAUAAAGAGAUUGAAAGAUGUGAGCUAGUGAUGAUUUGAGCACAGACACACAAAGAACACGAAUCAUAUCAACAGAGUGAAGCAAGCGAUGUCGUUAAACACAAUCCUCACUUGGAGCCUCGUGUUCUUUCUUUUCCUCACCGUCUCCGACCAAAAGCCCACCGCUUACGACGCAGUCAAAAGCUACAAUCUACCACCCGGAAUCCUCCCAAAAGGCGUCGUUGACUACGAGCUCAACCCCAAAACCGGCGAUUUCAAAGUCUACUUCAACGGCACGUGUGAUUUCUCAAUCCAAUCGUACCAGCUCAAGUACAAAUCAACUAUCUCCGGGGUUAUAUCAGCCGGCCAAGUCAAGAAUCUGAAAGGCGUUAGCGUUAAGGUGCUUUUUUUCUGGGUCAAUAUUGUUGAGGUGUCUCUUGACGGCGGCGAUCUUGAUUUCUCAGUCGGGAUUGCGUCGGCGAGUUUCCCGGCGGUUGAUUUUGAGGAGAGUCCUCAGUGUGGCUGUGGGUUUGAUUGUAAUGGGCUUUUAUUUUCUUCUUGAAUCUAUUAGGCCUUUAUGUUGUACCGAAUAAAAAGGCCUUUUGUUUUUAGUAUGAGCCAGAGAGAUGAUUAAGUUUAUUUAAGGGAAAAUUCCUGAAAAAUACCCAGACUAAUUUUGCUUUGCUAAAUAAAUAUACGAACUUUUUAAGCUU